AUGCCGCACCGGGCCGCUUUCAACUCUCUUCGCUCACUUGGAAGCAGUCCCAUACACUCUGGCACGGCGCAGGCCAUUCCGACAACCAAUUCAGAGGCCGCAUUCAGUCGUCGCGCUCUCCACGUGCCAGCGUCGGUCCGGCACGUGCCACGGUCCGCUGCAUACGGCGCCAGCAGACUGGCGGGCGUAACGAACGAAGACAAAAGCCAGGGUAGGAGCGGUGGGUUUAUUUUGCCGCUCGGAUUUACUGGAAAAACGCGGAGGGGAGGUGCGGUGACUGCCGCGGUUUUUGGUCCGAACGACGCGACAGGCCGGUCGCAACAAUCGCCGCCACCUCGUCGCAAGCUGACGUCAUCACCAACUCCUGCCGGGAGAGAGCGAGGUGGCACGGAUCGCGACGGACCUCUUGUGGAUCGCGCCGGUGCUUCCGUGGCUAAGAGCAGUCCUAGUACUAGGAGCCGCGAGGCUAAGAGCAGCAAGGUUCGCGCGGGUUUGGUUUCCGAGACGGCUGAGGAAGGGCGCGAGGAGGGGCGCGAGAGGCGCGAGGGUCGCGAGGGACGCGACGAGGAGCGAGGCGAACAGGCGACGGAGGCGAUGGAGCCGGGUGCGACGGAGAACGAUCUUGGGCGACCUUUGCUGUCGCAAGGUCUGCUGAACAAGGAGAAGCGCGGAGGACGACGGAAGGCUGUGGGAGGGGCAGCGCCGCGAAAGGCUCUGGCAUGGCGAGGCGUUUUGCCUCAUGUGCUCACUUCGUCAAUAAUUGCAGUGGUGAAUGGACCUUUGGAAUCCAUGGCUGUCGAGCUGCUGUUUGCCGAAAACGCUCUCGCCAAAGCUUCUGUCGUCAGUGUGUUUUUGCUUGGAGCAUUCCUCGGUUGUUCCGCCAGCAGCACGGUGGCUGACAGCGCCGGCAGGAAGAAGGGGUUUCAGAUCUGCAGCGUGCCCAUUCUGAUUGGCUCCAUUCUUUGUGCCAUGGCGUCAUCUCUGUCGCUGGUCGUCACCGGCCGGUUCCUGCUGGGCUUUGGACUGGGCAUGGCCAUCCCCAUCAUGGCUCUCUACAUUCCUGAGCCACUCCCUCCUGGGAUUUGGGUUGGGCAUGGCCAUCCCCAUCAUGGCGCUCUACAUUCCCCAGUUAGCUGGCUCUUCCUGGGCUUUGGGAUGGGCAUGGCCAUCCUCAUCAUGGCCCUCUACAUUGCCGAGAUCUCCCCACCGCAGCAGAGGGGAACGUUUGGCGCUAUCCCCCAAGUCCUCACAUGCACCGGCAUUCUGGCUGCCCUGCUCGCUGCUGCUCUCCUGCCCGCCUCAUCGUGGCGCAUGUGUUUCUGGAUUGCUGCAGUGCCAGCAGCACUCUUCUGCAUGGCGUGUGAAUUCCUGGUGGACAGCCCCAGAUGGCUGGCGCAGCAUGGGAGAUGGACGGAGGCAGAAGCAGCAGUGGGACAACUAUUGGGUGAGGCAAAGGUGAAAGAAACCAUGGAAGAUUUGCACCACUCGUUUGGGGGAAGAGGCAGCAGGGGGCAUGGCGCAGGGUGGGAGGAGGCUGCUAAAGGGGAAAGCAAGGAGGGGAAGGGGGAGCAGCAGCACGCGGGGUACACAGUGCUGGAGAAGGGGAAGGGGGUGGCUGUGGCGGGGAAAGGGGAGGAGGAAGGUGUGGUUGAGAAGGUGACGUGGCGAAGCCUCUUCUCUAAGCGAUACGUGCACGUUGUCACCAUCGGAGCGACCCUCUUCGCCCUGCAGCAACUCAGCGGCAUCAACGCAGUAUUCUUCUUCUCCUCGCACCUCUUCAAGUCGGCCGGCAUUCACUCCGGCGCCCUGGCCAGCGUUGCCAUGGGCACACUGAAUCUCGUUGCAUCGCUGGUGUGUUCUGCUCUCAUUGACCGUGUUGGGAGGAAGGCCCUCAUCACAGGAAGCUUCGUUGGCAUGGGCCUGUGCAUGGCGGUGCAAGCAGCAGCGCAGGUUCUACCCUGGAUGACCCCGGCAGCACCGCUCAUAACGCUCACUGCAACCCUCGUUUAUGUGGCUUGUUUCACCAUGGGAGCCGGGCCUGUGCCGGGCCUGAUGCUGCCUGAGAUGCUGCCGAACCACAUCCGAGCCAAGGGCAUGGCCUUUGCCAUGUGUGUGCACUGGGUCUUCAAUUUCAUGGUCGGUUUCUCCUUCCUGCCUCUCAUGGUCCGAUUCGGCCCGGUCACCUUGUUUUCUUUCUUUGCCUGCGUAUGCUUCGGUGGUGCACUCUUCACCAGCACCUCCCUUGUCGAGACAGCGGGUCGCUCUUUAGAGGAGAUAGAGGAGCAGCUGCUGCCUCCGGCCUAG